AGGUGGGAAGUCAGACUGUGACGUGACUUACACAGCCUUACACACUUUAGCAGCUCAUGUCUUCGAUACACGCCGAAGCUUUACAGAUCUUGUCAGUUUGUCUGUAAUCUUGGUUUUGUUGCUCUGUGGCAAAAUGUGUUCUUCAUAAAAUCUAAAGCUAAAGACAUGACAAUGCUUGCUGAACUGACCCAUCACUAACAUCAGCAACUUCUGUCAACAGAAAAGCAAAUAUGGGGAACUGUGGCUCUUUUGAUCCUGAUGACGAAUUCUCCUACCAUCCAGAUGAAUUGUGCGAUCAAUGUAACUGCCCAAAGCCUCCAGCCAGUCAGAACUAUGAUCCUCUGAUUCCUUAUUCAUCCCAGUACACACCUCCACCAUCAUCUCCUCUUCCAGAGAACCUGGUGGUAGCCUUAUACAAAUAUGAGCCGUGCCACAGCGAUGACCUUGGGUUUGAAAAAGGGGAGAAGCUAAAAAUCCUAAAUGCCGAUGAUCCUGAAUGGUUCAUGGCGGAGUCUCUGUUUACCGGGCAGAGGGGAUACAUACCACAGAAUUUUGUAGGAAAACUGAACAGCAUGGAGACAGAACCGUGGUUCUUUAAAAACCUUUCCAGGAACGACGCCAUGAGGCUAUUACUGGCCCCCGGUAAUACACAGGGCUCCUUCCUCAUUAGAGAGAGUGAGACCACACCAGGGAGUUUCUCCCUGUCCGUGAGAGACCUGGACCACACACAGGGUGACAUCAUCAAGCACUACAGAAUCCGCAACCUGGACGCAGGUGGAUUCUACAUCACCACCAAGAUCUCCUUCAGCUCCCUCUCAGAGCUGGUCAAACAUUAUUCACGAGAGGCCGAUGGACUAUGCACUCGCCUGGUGAAGCCGUGUCAAACCCGAGCCCCUCAGAAGCCCUGGUGGCAGGAUGAAUGGGAAGUGCCCCGUGAGUCUCUCAAACUGGAGCGCAGACUGGGGCAGGGGCAGUUUGGUGAGGUAUGGAUGGGGCUGUAUAACAACAACCGUCGAGUGGCUAUCAAGAAUCUCAAGACAGGUACCAUGUCCAUCAGUGCUUUCCUGGCUGAGGCGAACCUGAUGAAGACCCUGCAGCACCCUCGACUAGUGCGACUUUUCGCUGUGGUUACACAGGAGCCCAUUUACAUCAUCACUGAGUUCAUGGAGAACGGUAGCCUGGUGGAUUUUUUGAAGACUCCAGAAGGAUGUGCUAUACCCAUCAAUACGCUGAUCGAUAUGGCUGCUCAGGUAGACUGCACCUGACCGUAUUCAUUUGGUUGUUUGGUCAGUAUUGCACUCAAAACAUCAGGGGUGAGACAUUUGUACCUCACAGGAAACCAACUGACCUAUUUGUACGAGUUACAAGCUCAAGUCUACAUUACAACCCCUUGCAUAUUCUGUUUAUCAUUCAUUCCUCUGUUUGACCACUGUCUCUAAGCUUGUGACGGCAGCAUUACUCAGCCGCUGCUCUGCUUCCUAAUCUCAUGGUUAACAAUGAGCACGACUGUGUGUGCUGGAACGAGACCUUAAUACAACAACAACUGUACUGCCAAGCCAAACUACCCAGACUUGAUGAACAUGCAAU